CAGUGUUCUUGAAGCUACUAACAUGAGUUUGACCAAGCUGCGGGAGGCAGUGGAAGACAGGAGUGCCUGGCAUGCUCUGGUCCAUGGGGUCAUGAAGAGUCAGACAUGACUAAAUGACUAAAUGACAACAACGGAAUACCCAAGUGUGUUGCUGUACACAGUGGAGGCAGAGGAGAUUAAUUUUUGCAAGAUUAAUUGCAAAGAUUAAUUGGUUGAGUUCAAGAUCAGAUUCACAGUAACUCUGGGUAGUUCAGUGGAAUCAACCUGUUUCACAACGUUCCUUGCCACUGCUGAAAUGAUGUGGUUUUAACGAAACUCUGUCUACAGGUGGUGUUACUUAAUCUCUUACUGUGUUCUGAAUUAAGUGACAUAGCUGAAAUUUCUGGGCUAUAAAUUCUCAAGGCUGCUAUUCUUUGAUGGACUCUUUCCACAUUAUUCAGAAUAGAUUGCUUUCCAUGGACUUUACCAUCAAUACUAUGCUCUUCUUGAUCCUCUUCAGCUGCCUUGCCCAUGCAGAAGACGAGAACUAUAAUUCUAUCCUCACAGUGCCAAAUGGAGGACCAUGGGGCACUUGGGGGACGAUCGAAUUUUGUCCACAGGGAUAUGCUCAUGGCUUCUCACUGAAGGUAGAGCCAGUUCAAGGUGGUGGUGAUGACACAGCCCUCAACGGAAUCCGCCUGCACUGCACGGAUGGUUCAGUUAUUGAGUCUUCAGUUGGACUGUGGGGAUCCUGGACAGGGAUUCAGUAUUGCCCCCGUGGCAAUCUAGUCUCUUUCUCUCUGAGGGUGGAAAAACCUCAGGGCAAAGGUGACGAUACUGCAGCCAACAACAUCCAGUUCACCUGCCAAGAUGGAACUGGGCUGAUGGGCCAUGGACUUUCCUGGGGUAAUUUUGGUCCAUGGAGCAGUCGCUGCUACUCCGGAUUCAUUGAUGGCAUUCAGACAAGGGUGGAGUCUCCCCAAGGCAAGGGCGAUGACACAGCACUCAAUGAUGUGAAGUUCUUUUGCAGUGGCUGAACCCAAAGUACCUCCCUGUAUCUCUGCUGCUUUUCAGCAGUCAUGAAUGUUAACCACAAUUAAA